CCUCGCGUAGAGGGAAAUUGGAAUCGGUUUCUCUAUCUACCAAUACCAUGGAAACGUGAACUCAAAACUCGGUGUUCGACGCUUAGCUUCGUGAACCUUUAUCCCUCGCAGCUUCAGCACGUACUCUUCCUCCGUUCCCGUUUUCAGAAGUAGAAAGAUUGCUUCCCAUUUCGUACGAAUGGAUAAUGGAUUCAGCACUCUGUGGAUUCUCCAUUGACUGGAGAAUCACAUGGAAAGCUUUGUGCUAGAGAAGUUGAUUUCGCAGAUGUUUGGCUUUAUUAGUCAGGUGGUCUUGCCCUUGAUGAUGGGUUCUUAGAUGGCUGUUCUCAUGUCUCCUACCGAGCAUGCUAACUUAUGGAAUUCAGAUGUCAAGAUACUUCUUCACCGGAAUUUCAAGUGUAAUUUCUUCAAAAAGGGACAUAUGUUGCCUUCAUGUGAUACACUAUUGAGAGUCAGGCCUGAAUUUUCUCUUUCAGUACCUCCACCUGGAAAACGGUAUAGGAAAAUUAUGGUGAUGGAUUCAUGGAUGAGAUUUUAUGCCAAAAAGUCUCGAGCUCAACUGAUGGGGUCAAGGAUGGAGGAGACAUAUUUUCCUCUUGAACCUUUCAUGUUAUAUCCGGCCAGAGAUAAUGGCCAAAUUCUGAAAUGCUUUAAAAGUGAUUCUUUGGUCUCAAAGCAAUUAUCAAGUGACAUCAAUGUUGAAUCUGAAAUUUACACAAAGAAUACAGAUGCUGCAACUAACAAGGUCUCAGAUUUUAAAAACAAAGUCUCUGAGAUUGAUGGACCUGUUGAGGAGCCCUGGCUACUUCAUUCAUCUCUCCAGUCACAUUAUGCUGCACAUUCUAAUGGAUCUAAUGGUUUAACAGGUGAACAUGGGAUUGUACAACACCAUAAUGGUGACUGUUUAGGAGCACAUUCCUCUGAUCUGCCCAUAUUAAAGGCGCAAUCCCAUUCUAAAUGCAAAGAUACCUCAAUUUCUAUUAAUGAUGAAUGCAAUCAUUAUCGAACUGUCUCUGAGAGGGACCAGCCUGUCGAGGAGCCGUGGCUAUUUGAGUCAUGUCUUUUUCUGCAGUCUGCCGAGGCAGUUUCUCAUAAAGAAACUGUUGAAGAUGAAGGAGCUCUCCCCAAACUUAAUGCCCAGAAUCAUGAGGCUACAGAAAAUUUGGUACUUGAAGAAGCGAGUAAAGCAGCUAUUCAGGAUGAUCUUGUUCCUACAAUUAUAUUGGUCAACUCUUCCUUAUGUACCAUGCAAAGAAUUGCUGUGUUAGAAGAUGGAAAAUUGGUUGAAUUAUUACUGGAACCUGUUAAAAACAAUGUUCAGUGUGAUAGCGUAUAUCUUGGUGUAGUUACAAAACUUGUUCCCCAUAUGGGUGGUGCAUUUGUAAAUAUUGGGAGUCCUAGACUCUCUCUUAUGGACAUAAAGAAUAGCAGGGAACCAUUCAUAUUCCCUCCUUUUCGCCAGUCUACAAAGAAGAAAAAAGUAAAUGACUCCAUGUUUGCCAUGCUUGAGGAGCCGCUUGGCACUGAAGAAAAUGAGAUAAAUUUACAUGGUGCUGAAGUAAUAGAUGAAAUUGAGGAUGAUGAAAGUGAUGAUGAAUCAGUGCAAUACAUGCAUGAUGAGUAUGCAGAGCAUGACAUUGAGGAUGAAUGUGAUAUUCAACAAGUUCUUAAGGAAAAUGUCAAUGGUAGUCUAACUGCUCAUGAUGAGGUGGAAGCUGACUUUGAUGGCAGUUCAGGUCAGUUAGCUGGAAGCAUGCACAAUGUGGAAGAUCUUUUUGAGAAUUCACCACCUUCUCAGGUCCAAGAUAUGGAAACAGAUUCUAAGGACGAAUGCACCAAUGAAAACAAGUGGGGACAAGUUCGAAAAGGCACUAAAAUCAUUGUACAAGUUGUUAAAGAGGGAUUGGGUACAAAGGGUCCCACUCUAACUGCUUAUCCAAAAUUGAGGAGCAGAUUUUGGAUCCUGAACACUCGUUGCAAUAGUAUUGGAAUUUCAAGAAAAAUCUCUGGUGUUGAGCGAACGCGCUUGCGAGUCAUAGCAAAAACUUUGCAACCUCAAGGUUUUGGUCUUACUGUGCGAACUGUUGCUGCCUGUCGCUCCUUGGAUGAAUUACAGAAGGAUUUGGAAGGCUUGCUUUCAACUUGGAAAGAUAUAAUGGACCACGCAAAAUCUGCUGCUCUUGCUGCAGAUGAAGGUGUUGAAGGGGCAAUUCCUGUUCUGUUGCACAGGGCAAUGGGUCAAACACUUUGUGUUGUCCAGGAUUACUUUAGUGAUAAGGUUAAGAGCUUGGUUGUUGAUUCUUCAAGGACAUAUCAUGAGGUUACCAACUAUCUUCAGGAAAUAGCUCCUGAUCUUUGUGAUCAAGUUCAAUUAUACAAAAAAAGAACUCCACUUUUUGAUGAAUAUGAGAUUGAGGAAGAGAUAAACAACAUUUUGAGUAAAAGGGUUCCUCUCACUAAUGGAGGCUAUCUAGUUAUUGAGCAAACUGAGGCAUUAGUCUCUAUUGACGUGAAUGGUGGACAAUGCAUGCUUGGUCAGGGAAGAUCCCAAGAGACAGCAAUUCUUGAUGUCAACCUAGCUGCUGCAAGACAAAUUGCUAGAGAAUUGCGGCUGAGAGAUAUUGGCGGCAUUAUUGUGGUAGAUUUCAUUGAUAUGAUGGAUGAUGCAAACAAGAGACUGGUAUAUGAAGAAGUUAAAAAGGCUGUGGAGAGAGACCGAUCAACGGUUAAAGUCUCUGAAUUGUCCCGACAUGGGCUUAUGGAAAUCACCAGAAAGAGGGUUAGACCUAGUGUGACAUUUAUGAUUAGUGAACCAUGCACUUGUUGCCAUGCUACUGGAAGAGUGGAAGCUCUGGAGACCUCAUUUUCCAAAAUUGAGCACGAAAUUUGCCGGUUGCUUGCAAUGAUGAGCCAGAAACCAGAUCCCCAAAACCCCAAAUCCUGGCCAAGAUUUAUGCUGUGGGUCGAUCGCUACAUGUGUAACUACUUGACUUCUGGCAAAAGAACAAGAUUAGCAGUUCUGAGUAGCUCUCUCAAAGUUUGGAUCCUUUUGAAGGUUGCUAGGGGUUUUACCAGGGGAGCAUUUGAGGUGAAACCAUUGACCGAUGACGAGGCCUACGGAAGUCAGCAUCAGGUUGCCAUUUCCAUGUUACAACCAACAGAAGUUGGAUCUUACGCUCCCAGCAGAAAACUAACUGUAUUUCCUAUUAAAAAAUGGAGGACUGCAAGGAAGUGAGCACCCACUUCACUAAGGUAGGAAAGAUAAAGAGAUGCACUGUUUAAACACAAGAUCACCUUCCUUUCCUUUUUCUCCCACAAAAGGCUAUCAUGAUCAGGUUCUGGUUUUAUUCUUUUAUUAUCUGUAUAGGUCUUUCAACCUCUGAAUGCCAGACUAGUUCGGGUGGCAUGUACCCUUUUUUUGUUGUAAUCGCCUUUGCCUCCAAUCUUUCCAAGCCAUAGAAUGCUUCUACUUCAUUUGCCAAGCAGAUGUACAGUAGCUUUCAUUUUAAUAUACUUGUAUAUUUGUUGUUAAAUAAGAUUCUUAUUCUAUUAUACUUUCUGCCGAAGAGUUCCUGGCAUGGUUUUGUUCAAUUCAAACGAAAA